AUGCCUACGAAACGUGCCAGAAAGAAUCCCCCGGCGGCACAGAAGCUCGCGUCUCCACCUCCAUCCGAGAAGAAUGUCGUUCCUACAGAGGAGAUACCUAGCACGCAAACUUCAACCCACGAGGAACCCAAAGAAGAACCAGAACCAUCAAUCUCUCACGUGGACUCACCCCCUUCCUGGCCUUCAGACGAAGAUGAAAAACUACCCUCGGAAACAGAAACCACCACUAACCACAACACCACCCAAAAGCCAGCCCAAUACGCCGCAGCAGCAGGAGGGUACAACGCGCUCAAGUCGCACAAAGGCCAGAUGUACUCGGGCAUGGCGGUUGGAGGAUCCCACACCUGGACGUACGACCCCGGAACAUGGAACGAGACCAAAGAGGAGCCGGAUCUGUGGAGGAUCGAUUACCAGACGAACAAACGACGAGCGAGGAAUGCGCCCGCGGGGAGUGGUGCGCCAGUGGGAACCGAGUACCACUGGUUGAUUGUUGGUCAUCAGCAUGUCAAGAAAGUCGAUGCCAACACAUACGAGACGCAUCUUACGGGCUCGAAGUAUAAGCUGGCGUACAAGUCUGCGUCGUCGAACUCGUGGUCGUUGCCAACUGUCAGGAAGCAGCGGGAUCGGGAGGUCGAGUUGUUGGAGGAUGCGAAACAGCGGGUUCGGGGGCUGCCUCCAGUGCUGGCGUCGGAGAAGGUCAGGGUUGAGAAGAGGGAGAAGGGGCAGAAAAAGCUUGAUGGUAUGUUUGGGAAA